UUCACCACUAGAUAUCUAGUCAUGGCCCCAAAGGAUCCUAACGAGAUCAAGAUCAUUUACCUUCGUGCAACAGGUGGUGAAGUAGGUGCCUCAUCAGCACUCGCCCCUAAGAUUGGUCCUCUUGGUCUGUCACCCAAAAAAGUCGGUGAAGACAUUGCGAAAGCAACUACUGCAUGGAAGGGACUUCGUGUUACUGUCCAAUUGACCAUUCAAAAUCGCCAAGCUCAAAUUGCUGUUGUCCCCUCCGCGUCCUCUCUUAUCAUCCGUGCAUUGAAGGAACCUCCUCGUGACCGGAAAAAGGAGAAGAACAUUAAACACAAUGGCAACAUUCCAUUCGACGAAAUCGUGGAAAUCGCGCGUAUUCUAAAGCCGAAAUCAUUGGCAAAGGAAUUGUCUGGCUGUGUUAAGGAGAUUUUGGGGACGUGCCAGAGUAUUGGGUGCACCGUUAAUGGCCAGCAUCCUCAUGCUAUCACAGAGCAAAUUAACGCCGGGGAGAUUGACGUGCCGGAUGAGUAGAAAACUUGAUACCGUCCAGCUUGCAUCCUACCCAUUACCUAUUCGACGCACCUCUUACAUCUCCGCAUCGUCUCACACACCUUGUAUUUCUUCGGUCGCGAUAUGUGGUUGAUACUCUAGCUUAUGCAACUGCUACCCCCUCUUCAUGAUCCAAACUGCUCUGGAUGUUACUUUGUGCAUCCCUUCGUAAUACCGGUCUUCCAGUGACGGAUUCACAAGCACACCUGACUACUGUCUAACUGCUUUCUUAUGAAUUUCUGUUAGCCGAUCGCUCCUGAGCCUGUUCGACUCGAAGUUCGACAUUGAAG